UUUUUUAUGAUUUUAUUUAUUAAUUUAUUCAGUCAACAGGAGUAUUAGAUGAUAUACCUCUAUGUUUAUUUUGGAUGAUGUUACAGUAUUUUAUUUUCAUCUAGUUAAUUCUACAUGAAGAUUAACCACCCUAAUGCUAAUCUAAUCUAACCUAACCUAACCCUUAAAGUAGAAUCAGGGUGUUUAAUCUGAAGGUGAAAUAUGUUGGGAUAGAGAAUCUUCAGGUGAUCCUUAAAAUGAUAAGUGUUUUACUAAUCUACAGUCCUCUCCUCAGAUUGGGUGUUAAUCGGCAUAAUGCAACCAAAGGCUCCAUGACCUACUGUCAUCUGAAAGGAAAAAAGUUUAUAAAUAAAUGAAUUUAACAUAAUUUAAUCAGGAGACAAGAUAAGGAAACACACUGGGCUAAAGACAUACACUCCUCUCCCUUAGAAGAUGUGAUGGCCUCUCUCAAAUUCUUAGGCUUUCAUUUAUUGUAUAUGCAGUUUACAUGAAGGCUUUACUGAUGCACUGUUACUUGGCUGGAUAGUUUUAUCUCCUCUGUUGUGUGUAAGAGUCAUUCAGUUGUAAUAAGGAGGGCCACAAGACUGGUGCCUGCACUACUGGCACCUUAGUUACUCGAGAGAUGAGAAGGCCUGUAGUUGCCCAGCUUUUAGACGAGCAAGGGAUGACUUAUAAAAAUCUAUAAACACCUCCGAGGAUAUAACUCAGUCGAGUGUUCAUAUCUGAAGCUGGCGGACGCCCCGCCCUUGGAGGGAUCACAGCUCAUGGCUGAAGAAGCCACACAUUCAGGAAACUGUCAUGGCAUACUUUUUUUGAGUGAGAAUUAUAAACUCUUGGAACAAUUUGCCAGAGAGAUUUGUGACGGCACCAAGUGAGAGCUCCUUCAAGACCAGAUUUAACCAACACAGGCACAGGUACAGAAACAGUCAGGAGCCACUGCAUGCCCAGUACUUGCAAACAGUGCCAAUCACCCAAGCGGCUAACGAGCCGAUCGGUGGUGAAGAUGAUAAGAGGAAAGGAUAAAGUAAUAUGCAGUAAUACUCUAUAAGACAAGAUGACAAUGCCACAGGAACCCAUCAAACUUAUAUGUGUAAUUUGUAAAACAACUUCUCCCUCUGUUGAUUCUUGGAGGAAAAUUAAUUCUAUCUCUGGCAGGAAGAAAAACCUGUCAAAUUUAAUCUUUAAAUAUGGUGAAGUGAAAGUCAUCAAAGGUGUUAUGUGUAAUAAAUGUGAGAGACGACUGUUAAGUAUUGAUGAUUAUGUUUCUGAGUUCCGGGAAACUUGUCAGAAUAAUCUUCAUCUGUUAGACAACAAGUGUUUUUCCCAGACUAGUAACAAAUACACACAAGAUAAAGACAAUGAGAGCAACCCUGCAGGUACAGUACAAAACAGCAAGUGUGUGAAAGUGCAAUUCUUUAAGGCACCAUUUUCCACUAAACAACAAAUUAAAACAGAUGUGUCCACACCAGAAAACUUCCCGAUCCCUCUCGCUCAAGUUCUGCCGAAGAAGGACAUCAGUUUGUUACCUUUAAACUAUAAGGUUCCAAAGACCUCAGAACCUGGACCAACACACAUUUCGGAUUCAGAUCAUACAUAUUCACAAGAGUUAUACCAAGAGACAGAAGCCACAGCCAAAAAAAUAAAGUUGGAAAGUGUUGUUGAAGAGGGAAAAGCCAUUAAGUGUUUAUCCCAACUCUUACACUGCCAACAGCCAGACAGCGACCAGAUGACCACCAGCGAAUGUGAGAAAAUUACUUCCAUUUUACGAUUACAAUCAAGAAAAGAACUUGUGAAAUGUUUAAUGAAUUUUGGCCCGAUCCAUGAUGUUAUUGAAGAAGUCUUGGUAUCUAAAUUGUCAAAGGCAGGUGAUACUCUUUUAAACAGAGAACUUGGACAGAUAAGUGUUUUAAGGAAAAAGGAUUGUUCAGAUGUAGAAUACUUGGAAUGGGAGAAAAUUGUCUUAGAAUUUGCUUGUGAAUUUCCUUUGCUGGCCAAAACUUUCUUAGCCGUCAUGUUGCCGAGCCAUUUAUCAAGACAGUCAACACUUGAUCUCCUGCCUUUGUUGAUACCGAGACUUGGAGUUUUGUACGGUGUUUUGGCUCGAGGAUGUGACGAGGAAGUGAGCCACGACCAACACAAUACUUACGUCACUGUGGAGGACAACUCUCAUGACAACAAGGUGUCCCGGAUUGAUGCUAAUGAGCGCUUGAAGCAGGUUGAGGCAUACCUGAAGACUGGCACACUACCUGUACUCAAGAUGAACUAUCAUGAGAAACAGAACUUUAUUCGAUUUUGCGUGAAGUUCCAGUUAUCUGAUGAUGGUAAAACGCUAUACUACGUCAGCCUCAAACAGACAGAAAAACGACUUGUCAUCUUUCAGCAAGACAUACGGGAAAAGGUUCUCGGUGAGUGCCACAGUGACCCUGACUCUGGGGGUCACCUGGGGCUGACUCGGACACAGAAGAGAGUGAGUCAGACCUACUACUGGAUGAGCAUCACCAGGGAUGUUACUGAAUGGAUUAAUAAGUGUCCCCAGUGUCAAAAACACAAAAAUGUCUAAGACACAGUUGACUCCAUGUCACCCAGUUGAAGUGGGAUGAGUCCUGUGGAGGAUAAUUAGACUUGGCUUUGAUUGGCCUUUUUUCUGAAAUCUUUGAGAGGCAUGCGGGAAGUUACAGUACUUCUCCCUUACCCAUCAAGUGUACUGCUUUAGUGGCUGGUCCGAGUAUAGCACACCACUUCGGUCCAACUAAGCAUUUCAUCACCAACUAUAGCAGGGAACAAAGAAAUUUACAAGAUUUUUCACAUUAUCUGGACUGUGACACUGACCCAGUAAGCACAUCACAUGGAGGUAUAUCAAAGAGUAUUGGGGACAGCCAGGACAACCUACAGUACUUAUCAACCAUUCCUAGUGUUCUCAUCAUGGCAGAGUAUACAAGAAAGUCAUCACCAUUUUACCAGAUGUGUGAUUUCCCUCCCUGAGCACUCCACCAGCCAUCUCCUGUGUUCUCAUCAUGGCAGAGUAAGCAAGAAGGAAGUCACCAUCUUUCCAGAUGUGUGAUUACCCUCCCUACGCAACCCACCAGCCUGGAUGCUGAGAUCACCAAGCAGUCGAGUUGAUUGAGUGCUAAGUGAUAUUGUGCUGGAAAGGUCUAAGGAGAUGGCUAUAGCUCAAAGGAAUUUACAUUUUCAUAAUAAAACAAACACAGUUCAAGUAUUAUAUAUGUUGGUACUCACAUAAAGUUGCUUCAGUUGUCAGUUUCAUUAUAUCAUUUUUGAUCAAUUAGAUCCCUUAUCCUUAUAAAGACACAUGCUGUUAUAUUAUAAUGGUGUCGUUCCUGUUAGAAUAAUGCUAAAAAAGCCCAGCAUAUACCUCAGUUGGCUACAGUUAAAAGAGAAAACAUAAUUUAUUCUAAUUUAAUGUGAUUUCUGCUUGGGGAUUUUCUUUUUAAGCAUUACUUGUCUUUACAGCAGUUUAUUUCAUAAUUUGUAUGUAAUUUUUCUCAUUUUGAUGUUUCUCAGUUGUUUUACUUUAUAAAGUUUAAAUUGGAACAUAGAGAGGUGCAAUACUCUUCUUAUUUUCCUUAAGAAGAGUUAUUUAUGCAGUGGUUUUCAGGCAGAGGUCAAAUUCAACUGCUGGAAAUCCUUGCUUUCUUUAAUCUUGUUCUUAGACUGCCAGGUUUGAUAUCACUGUAAAGUUUAAUUAUCAUUGUCGAGUUAUAUUUUUUGUUUAAAGUUGUAUAAAAUUAUUAACAUGUAGAAUGUCUUGUUAAUUUACAUACAAUUUUAAGAUGUGUAGAGAAUGUCUUUUUGUUAAAAAACUCUGACGUUGACAUGUAUAGAAUGAGUAUUAUUUAACGCAAAGUUUCGCCAGAACAUAUCCCACCCAUUGCCAUUAUUUUUUAUGAAAUUAAUUUAUCCAUUUAUCUUUAUUUUAUGUGAGGACACAUUAUUGUCAUCACCAUCAUCACCACCACCAUCACCAUCAUCAUCAUCAUCAUCAUCAUCAUCAUCAUCAUCAUCAUCAUCAUCACCAGUGCCAGAUUAAGGGGUUGGGGGGCCCUGGGCGACACCUAGCAGUGGGGGGGCCCCCUGCUGACAACUGAAAAUAAGUAUAGGCAAUAUCCAAGGUCAAUAGAAACAAUAAAAUUAGUAAUAAUGA